AUGGAUCAUGGGACUAAAUGGAUUGCCCCUCCACCAAACUUCUACAAGGCUAACUGGGAUACAGCAGUGGACAAAGAGAAUUCAAAGAUUGGAGUGGGUGUGAUUAUUAGAGAUUCGAGUGGUCUAAUCAUAGCCUCAUUAUGCUCAUCCAUUUCUUUAAGUCCUAAUCCUUUACUUGGGGAAGCAGUAGCAGCACUUAGAGCCUCUUCUUUCUGCUCUGAACUAGGCUUGAACCAGAUUAUGUUAGAAGGAGAUUCUAUAGCAGUGGUUCAAGCUAUCCAACACAAGGAUGAAAGCUGGAGCCCCACGGGUUUGGUGAUUAGAGAUAUUAAACUUUGUAAUAGCGCAUGCUCUAGCUAA